UACCAAUUGGCUAACUGUUCGUGGAUUAUCUUAGUGAUCUGCCCAAGUCUCGAAAUGAUAUACCAACGAAAGAAAAGCUGCUAGGCUGCUAAGCUAUUGUGUACUCAUCACCCUCGGGUAGCUUGCGCGAUUCGCAAUAGCCCCACAGUGGUUCAAAGUUACACACUCACACAUCUACACACGUAUGUAACGUAACCAACUUGGCUGCCGAUCACACAACCAACAAACUAUUUAUUCACCAACUUACUCCACCAAGUCAUUCCUCUUCGCGCCGUGAACCCGUCGCUUAUUCUAAUGAUAGUGCUAAAAUACAUGUGUACCUCUCUUCCACAUCUUUACAGCAAUUUUGCACCCCAUCUUAACAGUGGUUCCAGUAAAAAAUGAAAAUGAAAUAGAAACAAAAGAAAUGGAAAAUGUUGCAAAACUUCCAUUAAACGAGUUUGACACAUAAACGCAUUCAACAAUACCGUGCAAACAUACAUACCUAUAUGUGUAGAAGUGUACAUGUGUGUGUGUGUGCUCGUGCUCCGGAAAAACCUGUUGCGCUCGAUACUGCAUUCAUGCUCAGUGGACUUUACACGGAGCACAUUCAUUCUAUUGCAGUGUGUGUUGCAUGCAACCAGAAAUGUCGUGCUGACAAGACGUCGCCGUGCUGCAUUCAAGCCAGUCAAAGGAGAUACCAGUAAAAAAAGCAUCGUAAAAGUUCAUUCAAAUUUAUCAGCAGACAUUUGAAGAAUAAGAAACAAGAAGUACACACAAUACCGUAAUUAAGAUGCAGGACAUACGUUUGCGCGUUGAACAACCCAUAUCGCAUGUGUCUCCGACACAAGGACGCCGACCUAUACAUUUACUGCCACAAAUAAGCUUGAGUUGCAAUGAAACGCCGUUGGAUGCUCACCUUCAGUGCAGUCAACACUCAAUGCCACGCUCACCCAGCUCGGAGGAGGAUAAUUCACCAACAGAAAUGAAUAACUGCCGGCGUAUGACGGAUAAACCCCCAUUGGUGAAACGACUCACAAUGGGUAUGGGUUUAUUGCGCGGCACCGAAGACAGUCGCCCGCUAGUGCACACAGCCUCAUCGUCUCUCAAUUCAGGCUCGUCACAAACCAUUUCCGACGGCUAUGUGAACGAAGCUAUAUGCGAACCGGAGAAAAUGAUAACCAACAAAUUCGGCGAUUCUUGUAGACAAUCGUUGACCGCAUUGCCAACACUUCAAGCGGCCCAUAUCGGCUUACAAGAUCACACUGAAUUUAGCUACAAGAAAAAGUAUCUACGAGAAACGUGUAGUGCCAAUUCCAGCCCAAAGAUGUUUGCGCCUAGCGCGCCGCUACGCCUCGACAAUCUCAGUUUAGCGGAACAACACGAACUGAAAGGUGCCGCAUGGUUUCAAGCCGGUAUACCCCGUGAGAUCUCACUCGAGGUAUUAUCGCGUCAAAGCCCAGGCGCCUUCUUGGUGCGUCAGAGUAGCACAAAGCCCGGUUGUUUUGCAUUAUCGUUACGCGUACCACCGCCCGCGCCAAAAGUGGCACACUACCUGAUACUACGUACACCGCGCGGCUACAAAAUCAAGGGUUUCACCAAGGAGUUCACCUCAUUGCGAGCGCUUAUCACACAUCAUUCGGUGAUGCCAGAGCUGCUGCCAGUACCUUUGACAUUGCCACGCCCCACAAAUAUAGGCGCAGGAGCACCAGGAAGUCGGCAUGGCUCAAGAGGCAGUGAAUUGGAUGGCUGUGAUGAUUUUGAUACUUAUGGAUCGCUAAAUGAUUUUCGCAAAAUGAUGGCCGACCUGAAUGUAUGACUUUGGAGUGGUACAGGGAAUGAGUUGACUGAAAUGAGAGGAGCCCAAACACAGGGCGAUGCAGGGGUAAGAUCAGUAGCAGCAGCAGCCACAGCAACAACAGCAGCAACAGGAGCAUCAGCAGCAACAUCAGCAUCAACAAUAGCGUCACCAAGAAGUUGACAAGGAUUCGACUGUUUAAAAUUGUUUCAGUGUGAACGAAGUUAUUGAGCAGUGCUGGUCAUAAGGCAAAUAACGGCAACGGCUGGAAAUGUAACAGCAGACAAAUGAGACUCAACCUUUAAGCAACAGUCCAGCAAAUGAGACUUGAUGACAGCGGCGACAAAAACAGCAACAAAAACUGUGCAAGAAACAACUGCAUCAAGGAGCCACCAACACCACUAACCACAGUAAAAACCUAAAACAACAACUGCAGUAAAGUCAAUGGCAGUCAUAGCCCCAAGAGUAAGGGAGUUACUGCGCAAUGAAGCAAACAAACAACAAAAAUAAAACCAGCAAUAAAAAAGCAUACCUAAUUAAGGCUAUAAUAGUAGAUUUCGCACCAAUGGCAUUGGCAAUGGCAAUGGCCAUGACAGUGAUACGGAUACUAGUAACUGGCAUACCUCCUCAAAUAAACAUUUCUGGCAACCUUGCAAACGUGAUAACCACAUUGAAUGGUUAAAAGCUGUUUUGUUAAUUAACACUGACAAGUGAUACAGAGAGGUGGAUAACAACAAAAUUAACGAAAACUACAGUUUCCAGUAAUCAUCCAACAUGCACCCACAUACGUUUUGUAUAUUUUAC